AUGGUGCAGACAUUCCAGGAGUCACUAAUGGCAGCUGGAGCUGGAAUUUCCUUGGUUGAUUUAGUGGUAGCGGCAUCAAAUAUUAGCCAAGAUCCUCCCAUAGGUUUUGCUUUGGUACGACCUCCAGGUCAUCAUGCUGUGCCAAAGGGGCCAAUGGGAUUUUGUGUUUUUGGAAAUGUGGCAAUUGCAGCUCGCUAUGUUCAACGGGUGCAUGGAUUGAAGCGCGUGUUUAUUAUUGAUUUCGAUGUUCACCAUGGAAAUGGAACGAAUGAUGCUUUCUAUGAUGACCCAGAUAUAUUCUUUCUUUCAACUCACCAAGUAAGCCAUAAUUUGAUGCUGCUCAAGAAUUGCAUCUCACCUCUUUUUUAA